AUGGCGACAGGGCAAUUGUUUGAUUUUCCCUUCGGAGUGCCUCUCCUUGCCCGCGUAUCUCGGCUUCUCGAAUCCAACGAUGUGCCAAACGUCUUGUGGGGCAACUUUCUUGUGACUAUUUAUGGAGUCCCGUCACUCUCUAAUGAUAUCGCAUUUGCUGUUCCUAAUGACAAAGUAUCAGCUGCUCGAGCGACACUUUGCAGAACAGAUUUGAAAGAGUGCAACGCUGAAUGCUAUGUUAUGGAUCCAUUCCGGACACAUCCACACCCUGCCGUGCAUUUUCACCUCCACAAUCAUGACCUCUAUAUAUCAAUCUACCCGCAAUCACAGGUUCUGCCAAAUUUACCUAAUUUAACAAAGUCUAUAGCCGAUGUUAUAUCCGCGGCCGACCCAAGUUUACCAAGCCCUCAGGUAGGAUACGGUAGUGGUGCACUUCCACCUAAAUAUGCGUUCGUUCGUAUCCCAUCCCCUUCAUGCUUUACGGAAGCAUGCCUUAUCAACGUCUCAAGGCUAGCUCGAAAGUCGGAUUUAGGAGAAGUCCAUUAUCUCUGCUUGGUUACUUACAUGGUUGAAUACGUUUACGAUCGUGGAAGCUUCAAACUGGACUCUCUUAAAAGAGUGUUUCAAGAUUUUAUAAAUGAAGCAUUUAAUGGUUCUGAUGGCGAUGCUUUCAUUAAUGCCAAAAAAAAAUUCUACGCCUUAGACUUAUAA